UGACCCGUUGCAUUACCUGUUUACGACCUGGCCGUAAGCCAACGAGAGUGUAGCAUGCUGAACUGACCAAUGGAACUAACUCUUAGGAUUGAGAGGUGUGAAUGCCGUUACUAAUAAAUACGGGUGGAAAGGGCGUUAAAAGUUUGGAUUUACGUAACAAAUGGACUGCCGAUCAAGACCACAUGGAUUCAAACCUUUUCCAAGAUUGAAAGGAUUACUUUGGUAAUAUAAAGGUGCACUAUGGCAUACAAACUGUGUAAUUACACCCCCCUCACCGGCCGACAGUUGAAGAUGCACUGUCCAUGAUGUGACUGGCUCUAGAGGUGACCAACUCACCUUCCAUGAUGGAAUCUGGUCUGUCACCUUUCUCAGACCCUCUAAACCUCAACACCAACAGCUUUAUCAAUAAAAGCCACAACAGCUGGAGUGGCCUCCUCGAUGCCGACUCGCUGUGGAGCAAUCACACGCUGAACCUCCACGACCGCUUCCACAACGCCAUGCUGGGGGUCUGUCUGGGACUCAUUUCUCUCCUCACGAUCAUGAUGAACCUGCUCGUCCUCUACGCCGUGAAGAGAGAGAAGAGCCUCCACACCGUCGGGAACCUCUACAUCGUCAGCCUGUCUGUGGCCGAUCUGAUCGUGGGCAUCACAGUUAUGCCUCUGAACCUGGUGUAUUUGUUGGAGGACGAAUGGAAGCUGGGACGGGCUGUCUGCCAAUUUUGGCUUAUCAUGGACUACGUGGCAAGCACAGCCUCAAUUUUCAGCUUGUUUAUCCUGUGUUUGGAUCGGUACCGCUCUGUCCGACAGCCACUUAAGUAUCUAAAGUAUCGCACACGGGGAAAGGCCAGUGUGAUGAUUUCUGGAGCCUGGCUGCUGUCAAUGAUGUGGAUUAUUCCAAUUUUAGGGUGGAGGUCUUUCACUCAUGUAGACCUUAAACCUGAAGAGGAAAACAAUUGUGACACCGAUUUCCGCUUUAUCACGUGGUUUAAGGUUAUUACUGCGGUCUUCAACUUCUAUGUACCCUCAAUUUUGAUGGUGUGGUUUUACACACACAUCUACUUGGCAGUCAGGCAACAUCUCAGGGACAGAGAGAGAAUCAUUCAUCCCACCGACUCAUUUGGGGAAAAUGAGAUUGGACAAAAUGCCCAAGCGCCAGAGAAAAAUGAUUCCAAAUCACCCAAGAUGGAUCUGAAAGUUCCAAUGAAACUGUCUAAAAAACAACGCUUGCUAGACCAGAACACUUUAGAUCAGCCGUAUUCUCUCGAGGAUUCGGAUAAAUUUAAAACGGCGUCAUCCAGAUCUCAUCGGAAAAUUGGUGUCAAGUGCCAAGAGACGUCAUUGCUCGCCAUGACAACAAAGCGAAUCAGAUUGACAAAAAAGUUACAAAGGUGCUCCUUGUCUCCUGAGGAGAAGCAGACAGACGUUGAGUUUCCGGUGCAACAGGACGUGAUUUGCCUCGAGGGGAAUAAUGAGAACAAACUUCAAGCGUCUUUAAAUGAAUGUCACGUCACGGUGCCAAAGUCAGUGAGUGGUGUUUGUGGCAUCAGUCAGGUUUCAGACGUGCAGAGAUACACUUCUGUGCUCUACAACAACUACGACCCCAGUCAGGCUCCGGCCUGGACUGAGGAAAGGGUCGAAGAUGAAACAUUUAACCCAUCUAAUGGAGUGACUUUGAAACAGACGUGGCAAAGAUUUAUUGACCAAUCACGUCAGCGCAUCCAAAGCCUGAGGAUCCAUAAAGAGCAUAAGGCUGCCAAGCAGCUGGGCUUCAUAAUCGCUGCUUUCUUGUUGUGUUGGAUACCAUACUUCAUAACUUUCAUGGUCAUGGCGUUCUGCAAAGAGUGUGUGCACCAUGACCUUCACAUGUUCACCAUAUGGUUAGGUUACAUCAACUCCACUCUCAACCCUUUUAUUUACCCGCUCUGCAACGGUAACUUCAAACGAGUCUUCAAAAAUAUACUUCACAUUCAUGUGUGACAGGCAUAGCAGAGAAAUCAGAACAAAAUCAUCGGUGUCUAAAUGCUGCUGAUAUUCACAGAUAAGAAGAGAACAUCUGUUCAUUAAUUAAAUGUCUUAAACACCCUCGCAUUGGUGAAUUUUAUUUAAGUGUAAAUACAACUGUAAAUGUAUUUUGAACGUCAAUUACUUCAGUUUGUUCUAAAUAUUAUUUUUGUAUUUUACUGCCCUCCAAUUCACACUCAUGGCAACAGUUGAGGAAAAUGUCUGAAUUUAAUGAUACUUAUUUUGUCGAUGUUAAGUCUCAGACCAGACCUUUAAACUCAGAAUAAUGUAAUCUCUCACCCUAGUAAAGAGGAACAUACCAAUAUUGGCUUUUGAGCGGAAGAAAAUUAUGUCAAAAAUGUGUUUUUAAAAAUAUAUUUAUUUGUAUUUAUUUUUGCACUAUCAAUGUACAGAACCAGAGAUGUAACAUGACACAAUAAAUCUAACGUUUUACAAACCUG